CUUCGCUCUCUACACCGUGAGAACCAGAGGCAUAGUGAGAUACACCAACCAUGGAUCACCUGGCGAUACCUCAGCAUACGAACCUCGUCGCACACCUGCACACAGUGUCGUCGUUCGAGAAUCUGGCUAGCAGCGGCCGAUCAACACCAGUGCGGAGUCGCAGCACCACUCGUGAAAUAUCCAGAAUUCGAAGCAAGAUGCUGGAUGUUACUGCGCAACGAUCAGAACCUAGCAUCGGCCUUUCACGGACACCUACAACGAGCGUGCCCAACAGCAUCUGGAUUGUUGGCAUCGCCAUAGUCUUUGCUAUAUUCAUGCAACUCAACACUCCCAAACUAUUCGCACAAAUAUCUUGGAUCUUCGACUUCAAGCGAACGUAUAAGUACAACCAACGCCCUCGACUUGUGCAAGAUUCGGAUUCGGAAAUCGCACGAGACUGGACAUUGGAUAUGCAACAUGCCGUACUUCUUACCAUUGUCGGCACUGUUGCAUUAUCAUUCGAACGAUUAUCAGAACUAUACCUUGCCAAAGUACAUAACACAUCGCGAGAUCUUCGAUAGCUAUUGAGACCAAAUCAAAGCAAAAUUUCAACGUC